UGGGCAAACCCCGCAUAUUGUCGCUUCUCUCUCUCAUCCCAACAUACGUGGCAUUCUCUACCGCCCAGAAAUGUGUGGAAUUUUUGCUGUUCAUGGUACAGACAAUCCUGCGGCGUAUCGAACUCGCGCUAUCGCCUGUUCUAAAAAGCUGCGUCACCGUGGUCCCGAUUGGUCUGGCUGUUAUGUUGGGAAAAACUCUGUUCUCGUCCACGAACGUCUGGCAAUUGUUGGCGUUGAUACCGGUGCACAGCCCUUAAUCGGCAUGGACAGAAAAGUAAUACUUGCAGUUAAUGGCGAGAUCUAUAAUCACCUCGGUAUUCGAUCAGGGCUGGGUCCUGAGGUUAAAUUCAAGACGCAUUCGGAUUGUGAAGUAAUUAUUCCCCUGUACGGCAAACAUGACAGGGAGCUAUGUAAACACCUCGAUGGAAUGUUCUCGUUUGUUUUGUUAGACGAAUCCGUCACCCCGCCACGAAUAAUAGCCGCACGAGAUCCAAUUGGGAUCACCACUCUCUACCAAGGAUGGAGCUUCAAGAAGCCAGGGGUUGUCUACUUCGCAUCCGAAUUGAAAGCCAUUAUUGAGGAGUGUGACUCCAUCAUCUCUUUCCCUCCAGGACACGUAUACGAUAGCAGGGACAAUUCGACAAUCAGAUAUUUCCAACCGUCAUGGUGGAACGGCGAUCUUGAAACCCUCGAGGCCGAUAUUCCUACGAAACCCGUUGAUCUCAACCUCAUUCGAACAACGCUCGAAGCAGCGGUUCGUAAGAGACUGAUGUCAGAAGUUCCAUAUGGCGUCCUCCUCAGUGGAGGUCUCGAUAGCAGUCUAAUAGCAUCGAUCGCUGCGAGGGAGACGGAACGAAUCGCAAGAGCUCAGAUGGAAACACGCCAAAGAAAAUUACAGGAAUCGAUCAGUGGGCCCACAACUCCUGUAUUUGCAUCCGAAGAGACAACUAUCGCCGCCUGGCCACAGCUUCAUUCGUUUUCGAUCGGUCUUGAAAACUCUCCAGACUUGUUGGCUGCUCGUAAAGCAGCACAUUUUUUGGGCACAGUGCAUCACGAAUAUGUCUUCACUGUACAGGAAGGCCUUGAUGCGAUUCCAGAGGUAAUUUAUCACCUAGAGACAUACGACGUGACUACCGUCCGUGCAAGUACACCGAUGUACUUGCUCAGUCGUAAAAUCAAAGCUAUGGGUGUCAAAAUGGUUCUCAGUGGAGAAGGGAGCGACGAAAUUUUCGGAGGAUACUUGUAUUUCCACGCGGCUCCUGAUCCCAUAUCAUUUCAUCAAGAAUGUGUACGACGUGUCAAAAACCUGCACACUGCAGACUGCUUGCGGGCAAACAAGUCAACCAUGGCCUGGGGCUUGGAAGCUCGUGUUCCUUUCCUUGACAAACAGUUUUUAGAGGUCGCAAUGGAUAUCGACCCGAAGGAGAAGAUGUUCAGUAAAGGUCAAGAUCAAGAAACGGACGAAGAUGGUUGCCCCAAGAUGGAAAAGUAUAUUUUACGAAAAGCAUUUGACUGUGUUCCUAAUGGAAAGCCUUACCUUCCUCGUUCGAUCCUUUGGAGGCAAAAAGAACAAUUCUCGGAUGGCGUUGGUUAUUCUUGGAUUGAUGGAAUAAAGGACCACGCAGCUGCAGUUGUUUCUGAUGAAGUAUUUGAAAAAAGAGCCAAGAGGUGGCCAGGAAGCACGCCCGACACAAAAGAGGCGUACUUUAUUCGAGAAAUUUUUGAAUCGCUCUUUCCUAGUGAGGCUGCCGCGAAAACUGCAAUUCGGUGGGUCCCGCGGGGUGACUGGGGAUGUGCUUCAGACCCGUCAGGAAGAAGUGUUAGUAUUCACAACGCAGCAUAUGAAUAACUUCGGGAACAUGAAUGGUACAGAGCUGUAAUCUAGA